GAGCGCGAGGACGCGGGCGGCGCGGCUGCGGGCAUGAAGGAGGAUGGAAGGGCAGGACGAGGUGUCGGCGCGGGAGCAGCACUUCCACAGCCAAGUGCGGGAGUCCACGAUAUGUUUUCUUCUUUUUGCCAUUCUCUACAUUGUUUCCUACUUCAUCAUCACAAGAUACAAGAGAAAAUCAGAUGAACAAGAAGAUGAAGAUGCCAUAGUCAACAGGAUUUCGUUGUUUUUGAGCACCUUCACUCUGGCAGUGUCAGCUGGGGCUGUUUUGCUUUUACCCUUCUCAAUAAUCAGCAAUGAGAUCCUGCUUUCUUUUCCUCAAAACUACUAUAUUCAGUGGCUAAAUGGCUCCCUGAUUCAUGGUUUGUGGAAUCUUGCUUCUCUCUUUUCCAACCUUUGCUUAUUUGUGUUGAUGCCCUUUGCCUUUUUCUUCCUGGAAUCAGAAGGUUUUGCUGGCCUGAAAAAGGGAAUCAGAGCCCGCAUUUUAGAAACCCUGGUCAUGCUUCUGCUCCUUGCCUUACUGAUUCUUGGGAUAGUCUGGGUUGCUUCGGCGCUCAUUGACAAUGAUGCUGCCAGCAUGGAGUCCUUAUAUGAUCUUUGGGAAUUCUACCUACCCUACUUAUAUUCUUGUAUAUCAUUGAUGGGAUGUCUAUUACUUCUGUUGUGUACACCAGUUGGCCUCUCCCGUAUGUUCACAGUGAUGGGUCAGUUGCUCGUGAAGCCAACAAUUCUUGAAGACCUGGAUGAACAAAUUUAUAUUAUUACUCUAGAGGAAGAAGCACUCCAGAGACGACUAAGUGGACUGUCUUCAUCAGUGGAAUACAACAUAAUGGAAUUGGAACUGGAACUUGAAAAUGUGAAGACUCUUAAGACCAAAUUAGAGAGGCGAAAAAAGGCUUCCGCAUGGGAAAGAAAUUUGGUGUAUCCUGCUGUUAUGGUUCUCCUUCUCAUUGAGACAUCCAUCUCGGUCCUCUUGGUGGCCUGCAACAUUCUUUGCCUACUGGUGGAUGAAACAGCAAUGCCGAAGGGAACACGGGGUCCUGGAAUAGGAAGUGCCUCUCUUUCUACUUUUGGUUUUGUGGGCGCUGCACUUGAAAUCAUUUUGAUUUUCUAUCUUAUGGUGUCCUCCGUCGUUGGGUUCUAUAGCCUCCGAUUUUUCGGAAACUUUACUCCUAAGAAGGAUGACACCACCAUGACAAAGAUCAUUGGAAAUUGUGUAUCAAUUUUGGUCCUGAGCUCUGCUCUGCCUGUGAUGUCAAGAACUCUGGGAAUCACUAGAUUUGAUCUACUUGGAGACUUUGGAAGGUUUAACUGGCUGGGAAAUUUCUACAUUGUAUUAUCCUACAAUUUACUUUUUGCUAUUGUAACAACAUUAUGUCUGGUCAGAAAAUUCACCUCGGCUGUGCGAGAAGAGCUUUUCAAGGCCCUAGGACUUCAUAAGCUUCACUUAUCAAAUACUUCAAGGGAUUCGGAAGCAACCAAACCUUCUGCGAAUGGGCAUCAGAAAGCACUGUGAGACCUGCAGCUGCCCCGCUCUGGAGAGCUCCGGCUCAGACGUUCCUGCCGUCACAGAAGUGCUUUCCUGCUGACCCGGUUCAGGGCAGGGCCUGGGCCUCUCAGUGUCGUGAUUUUUCCUAAUCUGCUAAGAACUUGGUCAUUGCUGUUCUUGUUUUAAAUUUAGCUUUUGGACAGACCCUGUAAUUCAGCUAACCACUGGUUCUUUGUAGCGAUGUGCAGAACAGCACAUUCUGUAGAUACCUUUACUCACAUCAGGAAAUGUGAAUUUUUUCACCUGAUACGCAGAUGUUCCAGAAGCCAAAUUUUGAGGCUUUCUAUACUUGAUCUUAGCCAAAAGGAUGAGAUACUGUUUGAGGCUUUUAAAGGGUCAUUUAAAUCCCACUAUAUAUUUUAUUCAGAAUGUAGCAACCUACCGGCAAGACAUCCUUGGUACUAAGUGAAAGUUAUCCAGAGAAAUGCAGUUUUGUAUGCACUAAACUGCUUUAGAUGUCAUUGCAAUGGGUGCAUUGUAACUGAAAUGGUUACAAAUUAUAUUUUUUAUUUCCUUAAACACAAAAACAAAAGUGUUGUUUCUGUUACAGAAUGAUAUUCGUCAGACUUUGAGCCAAGGGAAAGAUACUGAAUUCUUUUACAACCUGAGCCUUGGGAGAAAGCCACAGGAAUAUCUUCUAUUGUACAGUAAAAUAAGCUAUGGUAGAAAGUAUUGUGUAAUCAUAGUUGAGUGACCGUUUCUGUGUAUAUAAUUCAAUAUUACCUCUCAUAGCAUAGUUGCCAGUGUUGAAUACACUGUAACUUAGGUUUUUGCCUUAUAGGCUAUAUGUACUCUCAGUUUUUUAAAGCAUUUUUUUCAAAGAUCACUUCCCGUGCUUCUCUGAUGCUUAUGAAAAAUAUAAAUGCUGAGUGGUAGAAACCCCAUCUUUCCUCCAUUUGAAACCUUUGGUUACUUUUAUAUAUGCCAAUUUCAUUCCCCAACUUAUAAAAGUUACUGCUUUAACACCACGACUCACAGCGUCAGCCGUCAUGAUGUAAGGAUAGUUUUGCAUUGUAACAUGAUGAGAUAUUCACUUAUUAAGUUGUAAAUAAUUGUUGGGAUGAUUUCCCAACUUUAAGUCCACUGAAUAAACACUAUGAACUUAAAUUCUGUGUUACCAUCCUGUAGGAUAGAGUACCAAAAAUUAUGCAUGCAAAAAUAUAAGAUGGACCUAUUUGAACACAUAAUUAUGCCAUCUAUAUAAAUAUAUAUGUUCACAUGCACUAUGUGUAUGACAAUAGAUUGUCUGUGUUCAGACAAAAAGUAAAACAACUUUUUUCUCAAAUUGUUGGAGUUAAAGGUUUUUGGGGGAGAAAUUUUUGAAAAACAGUUACGUUUAUUUGACUUCAAACAUUUCCACUUAGAACCAAAAUAAGAAAAUUUCAUCUGUAUAGUUAUAAGCUCCAUUAGUAUACUUCUCCUUUAUAUCUUUGCAUUACCUUCUGAGUUUCCUAUCUUUUCUAAAAUGCAGCUUAGUUUUAAAAUAAAAGUGUGUUCAUGUUGGGAUUCUAAGCAGCUCUUAUUAUAACAACCAGUGGAAUAGUGGCGGCUUUCUCAGCCUAAGACCUACAUACCUAGGAAAUCCGUACAAGUCAGCUGCUCUCUAAUUUCAUUGUUAAGUAUACCUUUUUAAGAAUUAAUUGCAAGCUUUGAUUUUUACUGAAACUUGAAAUCCAUGCUUUGAGCAGACCAAGUCAAGAGAAGAACAGAAAGAAACUCAGGAGUAUACUGAUCUCACUUAACUUACACUAGUUUUGAGACACAUCCAAAGAAACAGUACUUAGGUAUUUGUGAGAUGUCUGAAAAUUUUGUUAGUAAAAUAUUAAACUCUUCAAUGUGUGUAUCAAC